AUGGAACUCCUCUUCAUCAUCUUCUUCCUCUUCCCCAUCUUUAUCACCUCAAUUUCUCUACCACUUCCACCAACAUCUUCACCUUCUUCACCUUCCACUUCAACUCUUGACCCAAACGAACUGAAAGCCCUUCAAUCCCUCAACAUCCCCACAUCCAAAAACCCUUGCAUCCAACCAUCUUUCCACAAUGCCACACAAUGUGACUCCUCAAAGCCCUUUCGCCACCUCAUUUCCUUAACCCUUUCCAACUGUUCACCUUCCAUUUCUCUCUCCUACAAUGCCCUCAAAUCCCUCUCCACACUCCAAUCACUUCACUUCCUUAACUGCCCCAUUGCCCCCAUUCAUUUCCCUCCUCAACUCACAAACUCUCUCGUCUCCUUCACCUCCAUCAACAGCCUCCGCAAGAUCUCAGGAGUAUGGCUCUCUCACCUAGCAAACCUCACCGAUCUAACCGUCUCAAAUAUCCCAAUAAAAGCUUCCGGCCCUUAUGUCUUCCUCGCCCACAUGAAAAAGCUCAAAACUUUAACCAUUUCCAAUACUAACCUCACUGGUUAUCUUCCAAAACACAUCCAUUCCAACCUUACCCACAUUGAUUUUUCAUCCAACAAUCUCAAAGGAAACAUACCCUCUUCCAUCACCGUGCUCGAUAGCCUUGAAAGCUUAAAUCUUUCUUCAAAUAACUUCAAGGGUGAGAUACCCUCUUCAUUAGGAGACUUAAUCUCCCUUAAAAAUCUCUCCUUAGCUUCAAAUUCAUUCUCAGGAUCCAUCCCAGAUUCAAUUUCCGCAAUACCCGAUUUAACUCACAUGGAUCUAAGUUCAAACCAGCUCAAUGGGACAAUUCCAAACUUCAUAUCAGAAAUGAAAAACCUCAAGUACUUGAAUCUAGCUAACAACAACCUACGUGGGGUUGUGCCAUUCAACAUGAGUUUUAUCAAAACACUGACAACGUUUAAGGUUGUCGGGAACAGUAACUUGUGUUAUAACCAUUCUGUCCUGUCAUCAAAAUUGAAGCUUGAGAUUGCUCCUUGUGAUAAGCAUGGGAUGCCAAUGUCUCCUCCACCAGCUAAGGAUUCUUCUGAAGAUGACAGUAGUGAUUCAGAUUAUGAUGAUGAUAAUGAUGAUAGCAUACACAAAAGAGAACAUCAUCAUAGGUCAAAUAAAUUUGUUCUUGGGGUGGCAAUUGCUCUUUCCUCCAUUGUCUUUAUGAUUGUUUUCUUAAUCCUAUGUUCAAAGUGCUGUCGCUGA